AUGAGCUCUCCAUCUAUAGCACCAAGGACGAAUGCCUCUAUCGUCCCGUCCUCUGGACCGGAGGCCCCAAAGAUAACCAAGAUCAUGACCUCGAGAGAGUGGGUUCUUCCUCCAAGGCCAAAACCGGGGCGGAAACCCAGCAUUGACACUCCCGCUACAAAACGCAAGGCACAAAACAGGGCUGCUCAGCGGGCGUUCCGCGAGCGUCGGGCAAACCGCGUGAGCGAGCUCGAGACCCAGAUCCUCGAGUUGGAGCGAGAGCGCAGUGUCAAGGAGGGAAUAUUGACGAAUACCAUUAAACGACUUGAAACUCAGAAUGAGCAUUUGAAAAAGGCUUUGGAGGAGAUGCGCGCCGGAAUGCAUCUUUCUCAACGGCAAGUGAACGGAGCGUCGACUAGCUCUGCUAGCUCUGCUGCUUCACCUGGGAUUUCGCCCAAGAGCGAUAGUCCUGCUACUCCACAAUCGCAGUCCAAUCUCCCGUCGCGUCGGAAAAUGGCGUCGAUUUCUGAUGCCGACCUGACGAAAGCUGCCUCGAUGAUGAUCAACUUCAAAAACAGUUCGCGGCACAACAGCAUAUCCUCUGCUUCUUCGGGUAGACGGGAGCAUGACAGCAGCAGCAGCAGCAGCAGCAGCGGGCUCAGUUUGCAGCAAAUUUCACCUGCUCCUUCAAACCCGUCAGACAACUCGCGGUCCUCGGGCUGUGCCAUCUGUUUCAAAGACGACUGUCUUUGCGAAUCGAUAGGGCUCCGCAAGAAAGAGGAGCCGAUCAAUUUCGAGGCGUUUGUGCCUGCACCUGCCGUGCCGUUGAAAAGAACGAGAAAACUGGAUCAAGAGACUGAUUUCACCGACAGUUUCAAGCGCGCUAAGAAACUCCCAGUUUUCAAGACCCUGGAACAGAACGAUAUGUUCUUCAGAUCGCCGUCCAACUCGCUGAGCGAGGAGACCGUUGAAUUCAGUGGCAGAGCAAGUUUGAGUCAGCCGGAAGAACAGUGCGGAUUUUGCUCGGACGACACACCUUGUGUGUGCCGAGAGAUUGCGAAGCAGAAAGAGAUGGUCCAGAUGAAGGACAAUCUGAUCACAAGCGAGCUCAAUAAGGGCAGUCCGGAACAACCAAAGGUGAAGCAAGAAAACAGCGACCAAAUUACUGGCGAAGAAACAGCAGCUUGUUCUGGAGACCCUGGCAACUGCGCACAGUGCCAGUCGGACCCAAUGUCGACCCUUUUCUGCACCACAAUAGCACAUCAAAACGAGCCUGGGCUCCCAUCACCGCCAUCAUCGCUUCCGAAAUUGGAGAGCACACGUCGCAAUAGCAGUGUGACUUCUCUGCCUGCUUUGAACGAACUCGAAAUCAACCAUCCAGGAAAGCACUUCAUUCCUUGUGCAGACGCCUACAAGACCUUAUCCAGACAUAUCAAUUUCCAAACUGCUGGUUUCAACAACAUCAUCAGCAAUCUCAACACCAAAGGAAUGUACGUGGAGGUUGAGAGUGUUGUGAAUUGCUUGAGAGAGAUGGACCGUAAAUUUGGUAGCAACUAA